AUGGACGUGCUAUUCAAACGACAUCCCAAGGAAAAACCAACUCAAAUUCCUGAACUCACCAAAUGGUGGAACCUAAAAGGUGAGAAAAUUCCCGAGUUCUGUGAACGUCUUGCUGAUUUAAAGGUUGAUGUUAAAUCAGAUAUUGACACCAUAUGGGAACAUUUACCUUGGCAUCAUUACUACGAACAGCUACUAUCCCUACCCCAUCUAGCUGCCACACAACUUCCUGGAGUGGAAGUGAAUGCAGGACUUAUACCUCCAAUACACCCUGAUGAGGUAAAGAAAGCCCUACACAAAAUGUCCAACAAGAAAGCCAUUGGACCUGACGGAAUACCAGUGGAAGCUUGGAAAUGCUUAGGUCCACGCGGACUCGUGCUGCUAACCGAUUUCUUUAACUGUAUGUUGUUCUCUUCAAAAAUGCCAAAGGCGUGGAGAUUGAGCACUAUAGUUCCCAUCUACAAGGGAAAAGGUAGUAAGUACGAGUGCAACAACUACCGCGGAAUCAAGCUCCUCAGUCACACCAUGAAGCUCUAUGAGAGGGUAAUUGACAGCCGCAUAAGAUCCGAGUGCGAGCUGUCUAAGAACCACUAUGGCUUCGUACCUGGAUUGUCUACCACGGAUCCGAUGUUUGCUCUUAACACGAUUGUCGAAGAGUAUCGCGCGAAAAACUGA